GAGCGCCGGAGUUCCCGCUCAACAGCGAGAUCUGCGAGCCGGAAGAACGUGCCGUCGUGGACAUCUCGCUACCAAAUCCUUCCGUCACGAUCAAAGGCUACGCUAUCGGUGCACACGGCGUACCGAUUGCCUCCGUCCAUGUUGCCCUCGUCUCGCUUCCCGUGACCGGCUCACCCGACUCUGCGACGACUCCCUCUGUCUCCGUCUCCGAGGUCGCCUCCUCUGAACUCUGCAAGAUCCGCCUCGCUGCUUCAAACGUCCCUUUCUCCGCCUGGACCUCUGCAGGUCUCGACGCCGGUCCCGCCUCUUCCGCCUCCUCCUCCUCCUCAGCAAAACACGCCAAACACUGGGCCUGGACGCUCUUCACUGUCACCCUCCCCAUCCCCGACUCCCUCCUCAAAGUCGCCGAAUUGGGCGUUGGCGGAUCAGGGACUCAAGUCGCGGCCGUUUCGUAUGCGGUUGAUGUUGAGGGGAAGAAGCAGGAGAUGCAGACUGUGUGGAAUUUGAGGGGUGUUGCGGAGGCGAGCUGGAGCGUGAGGAGGUUCGGGAUUAGGAAGGUGGUGAGCUGA